AUGGAUGCUAUUGUUUCUGCUGUAAUUGAUGGCGCUAAAAUAAUGUUUAAGUUCACCUGGUCAAGAAUCAAGACUCUUUCCAAAUGUGGAAAGAACAUUCUUGAACUCAGGGAACAGUUUGGAAACCUCAUGGACAAAAAGUUGUUAAUCGAAGAAGAUAUCACCUUAGCCAAAAUGGAAGGGAAAACUCCAAAACCGCAAGUGAUUGAAUGGUUGAUGAAGGUUUCUCAAGCAGAAGAUGUUGUAAGGCCGCUAUUAGAGAUGCCUAACAAGAUGAUGCUCCGGUACCGCAAGUGUUGGAGACUGUCAAAGAAACUUGAUCUGGUGAAGGAGCUGAAUUCUAUUCAUUUUGAAACUGUUGCCACUGAAAGAAGCUCUCCAAUAAAUUCAGUGGUGGAAAUUGCAGUGUCGCCUCUUGUGGGGCAGGGGGCAGCAUCAAAUAUGAAGCGGCUUUUGGAAAUCCUAAACAAGGAUGAUAACAGAAGGAUUGCUGUCUGGGGAGAGGGUGGCAUAGGGAAGACGGCUUUGAUCAUGAACUUGAACAAUGAGCUGUGCAUUUCCUCCACGAAUUCUUUUGAUCUUGUUAUCUGGGUUCAAGUUUCAAGAUCAUCAGAUUUGAGCACAAUUCAGUCUCAGAUUGCCAAGAGAAUCCAUUUAAAAGUGGAAGCAGGUGACACCACAAACAGUAUAGCUAGCAGAAUUCUUCAAAGACUGAGGCUGAGAAGGAAGAUCCUCCUGAUCCUUGAUGAUGUAUGGGAAAAGAUUGAUCUUGAUGCUGUGGGUAUUCCAUCAAGAGAGCCUUUCUGUAAGAUCCUUUUAACCACCCGAUCUCGUGAUGUGUGUAGACACAUGGCUGUUGAUUUUUCUUUUCAGGUAAAUCUCAUGAGUGAAGAAGAUUCUUGGAAUCUUUUUGCUGAAAGUGUUGGAGCUGUGGUACAUUCAGAUGGGAUAGAAUCUCUAGCAAGAAAAAUGGCUGCAAGUUGCCAUGGGCUGCCAUUGGCAAUCAAGACUCUUGGAAACUCCAUGAGGGACGUUUCACAGGUUGAGUUGUGGGAAAAUGCAUGUCUUAGGUGGCAGAGCUCAUCACCUUUGUUCAAUAACAUCAAUCAAGAAGUCUAUCAGCAUCUGGCAUUGAGUUAUCAUUCCUUACCAAGUAAGGAUCUAAAGCAAUGCUUUCUUUAUUGUUCUUUGUACCCAGAAAGCGUCUCAAUAAAUGUUGGUGAACUAAUCCAAUGUUGGGUGUCUGAUGGCUUAAUCAUUGGGAAUCAAACCGUAGAACAAACUUUUAAUUAUGGGAUUGCUUUAGUUGAACGCCUGAAGAACUUGGGCCUACUUGAUCACGAUGCAGCAGUAGGAACAGUGAAACUACAUGGCAUUGUUCGUGAGUUAGCCAUACGUCUUUCUAAGAGUGAAGAACUGUUUGGAUUUCAAUCUCAGUGCAACUCUCCAUCCUAUCAGAUGCCAAAUAAGUCUUCUAAAAGAGUUUCUUUAGUACGCUGCGGGAUCACAAAGUUGCCGGUAUUUCCUCUGUAUUCUCUGCUAACUGUUCUGUUUCUCCAAGAUAAUCCUAUAAAGGAUAUUCCAAAUGAGUUCUUUCACAAUCUCAAGUAUCUAAGAGUACUAAAUUUAAGCAAAACUCAAAUUACUUCUUUGCCCUCAUCUUUACUUUGCCUGAGUGAACUGCGUUCCCUCUUUCUGAGAGACUGUUCAAUAGAAAAGCUACCUUCUCUUAAAUCUCUCGGUAAACUCUUAGUUUUAGACCUUUCUCGAACCCAGAUAAAAGCUCUUCCUGAAGGGUUAGGAAGUCUACAUAGUCUAAGAGAAUUAGAUUUGUCAUGCACACACUUUUUGGAGAGGAUAAUAGCUGGAAGCAUAUCAGGACUAUCAAGUCUUGAGACUCUGAAUAUGUCAUGUAGUGCUUUCAGUUGGAAUCCCAAGAUGGGUCAUGCAGCUGCUCAAAGAGCAACGUUUGAGGAGUUAUCAUCAUUGGACCACCUUUCGGCCCUUCAAAUAAGGCUGGACACAGUCGAGUGUCUUGCACAUGCAUCUUGUUGGCUCAUGAAAUUAAAAAGAUUUGAUAUUCAGAUUAGUCCAUGGACCCAAGACCCAAACUAUCAUAUUGCCAAAGACAAUGAAAAGAGAUUGGGUCUUAGAGGAGUUAAUCUUCUGCAAGAAGAUUUUAAAGAUUUUCUACACAACAUAAAUUCUCUGGAUGUGUUAACGUGUGUAGGCUUGACCCGGAGACACUUGCUUAGCCUAUCAUCAUUGAUAUCACUCACUAUAUCAAACUGCAAUGAUAUAUCAUGUUUAAUAAGCAAGGAAAGAAGUUCCAAGGAAAUGUUUCCAAAUCUAAAGCACUUGGUUCUUGAUCAUUUGCAAAGUUUAGAGACCAUUGUUGAGGGGAUUAUCCGGAGAGGUGUAUGCCUCAGAAAGCUGACAACGAUUCAAGUUUUGGAUUGCCCAAUGUUAAAAGUAGCCGUAUCUUAUGCAAUGCUUCGUCAUGUUAAAAGUCUUGAAGAAGUUAAGGUAAGCGGUUGUAAAAACAUGUCUUGUAUCAUCUAUUCAGGGGAGCAUCAAGAAACUGUUCCUAAUUUGAGGGUCUUAGAAAUGAACAACAUGGCCAAUUUGAGGUCAAUCUGUGAUGGUACAUCAGUUUGUCCUGCAUUGCAGCGCAUUGAAGUUUCUUCUUGUCCCGAGCUGAAGGAACUUCCUCUCUCAAUCUCUAAUAUAUGUAGUUUGAAAGAGAUUAAAGGUGAGAUCAAAUGGUGGAACAAUCUAAGAUGGGAUGAUGAUGAUGCUAAGAACAUGUUUCUGCAAUACUUUCAAGUAUGUCCUGGGGAGAACUACUCAUGCAUGAAAGGUAAAUACAAGUAA